CGCGUCACAGAUCCGACAUAUUCACCUUGUUAACUACCUGCAGUCGCGUCUUCCUGAGAGCCUUCGGCAAGAAACAUGGAUAUUGACAAGUUAUUCAAGACUCCCAAGGUGCCAAUUGGGGGUGGAAAGCGGAAAUUGCCCGACAAUCCAACGCCCGAAAUGUUGAAGAAGAUGAAGAUGGACACAGGUGCUCCAUCUGGCUCGGGAUACUCACCACAAAAUGGCCCGUCCCAAGACAAAGGAAAGAGUCGCGCUGUGACCGUCGAGGACGUUGAUGAAGACAUGGAAAACUCGCGCGACUUUGCUCCCGGCGGAGAUGCAGAUUAUUUUGUCGAAGAGGAUGACGAAGGGCGAUUCUUUGGUGGUGGUCUGACUUCUGAGCAGAAGGAGAUAUUGAACAUAUUCGAUAACGCAAAUGAGCAGGAUGAGCCGUCACAACUUUCAAUAUCAGGUGUCCGAAGAACACUGCUUCAGUUCGAGCGCGCCGUAAACAAAAACCAAGACCAGCGGUCGAAAUAUCCAGAUGAUCCUACGAAGUUCAUUGAUUCCGAGGCCGAUUUGGAUAGCGCCAUAAAGUCUCUGCUACCCUUGGCACAGCUCCCCAUUCUGUCAUAUCCUGAAAUUGUAAAAUCCGGAACGGUGGCUCUUCUAGUCGGGCUUUUGACUCACGAAAACAUUGACAUCGCAAUUGACGUCGUCGAAGUAUUUCAUGAACUCACGGAUGAGGAUGUGGGCGAUGAAGGCAAUGAUGAUGAAGAGGACACAGCGGAGGCCCUUAAGAUCUUGAUAGAAGGCUUGUUGGAGAAUUCUAUACUAGAACUACUGGUCGAGAACCUCAAACGAUUUAACGAAAUAGAAGAAUCUGACCGGCAGGGCGUCUUUCACAUACUAGGAAUCUUCGAAAAUAUCCUGGGUUUUGAUCCUAUUUUGUCAACCCAGCUUGUGUCAAAGACUAAUCUCCUACCAUGGUUACUUGACCGCAUACAAGCGAAAACUUUCGAUGAAAACCGUGGAUAUGCCGCCGAAAUUCUUUCGAUUCUCCUUCAAGAUAGCUCAGAAAAUCGCCUGCAGUUAGGUAAACAUGAUGGUGUUGAAACCAUUCUCAAGGUCCUCUCGCAAUAUCGAAAGCGCGACCCCGCCGAUGCAGACGAAGUGGAGUUCAUGGAGAACGUCUUUGAUGCUCUAUGUUCUGCGUUAAAUGAGACUGAAAUAAAGAAACUUUUCCUGGCCGCCGAAGGGCACGAUCUCAUGAUUUUGAUGAUGAAGGAAAAAUUGCAAUCACGGUCGCGGUCUAUCAAAACGCUGGACUACGCAAUGUCUGGUCCUGCCGGCACCGCCCUUUGUGAGGCAUUCAUUGAAGCGUUGGGACUCAAGUCGCUGUUCUCGAUCUUCAUGGGAUAUAUGAACAAAAAACAAAAGUCUGGUGAGAUACCGGCAUCGGAGGAUACGUCGCACACACUGAGCAUCGUGGCGUCGCUCUUUUCUAAUAUUCCAUCCGAUUCUACUGAGCGGAUGCGAUUAUUGACCAAGUUCGUCGAAAACAAUUACGAAAAGGUGGACAAGCUGCUAGAUAUCAGGGACUCUGCCAAGGCUAGGCUCCGAAAUACGGACGCAGACAUUGCUACAGAUAAGCAGGCUUCGCCGUCCGACGACGACAACAUGGAUGAAGACUCAUUGUAUUUGCGGCGUCUGAACGGCGGACUGUAUACCUUGCAAAUUGUAGAUUAUAUUCUGGCAUGGAUAGUCAUGGAAGAUGAUGGGAUUCGAACACAUGCACUACAAAUGCUGGGACGAAAGAACCAGAGUUUGGAAAACAUUGUAGAGACUCUACGGUUGUACCACGAUAACGUUGACAACGAGUCAGGGGAAUCCAGCGAAGAUCAGGGACCUUCACGGAAAGAAAUCCUAGAAGGUCUCAUCGGUGCGCUGGAUCCCAACGCUCCUGUUACGUAGGAUGUAUAAAGCAUAGACAGCCACUGCCAGGGGCACCCAAUUUAUCUGGAGUCUAUUGCUGUAAGUGAGAAUACCAUAUCCAAAGCACCCUUGGUUUUUAGCAAUUCCCUUUGAAAUCGUAGUUCCAUCAAAACUUUCUUCUGCAGUUUCAAGAACAGAGAAUCGAUCAGAGGUGAUUGUCCUAUAACGGAGGCGUACAUCUCUGCAAGAGCGGAUUAAUUACUUGAUAAGACAUGGGAAGAAAACCGCCGCACCAAUAACCAUGCUCGCAACGUCG